CUGGGGAACAAUUCUCUUGUUGACUGAAUGGGAGAUUAUUUGUCUUGGAGCGUUGGGAUAUGUUAACCUCGUCCGUGAAAUUCUCCACUUGCUAGUGCUCUCUGAGCUUGAUUCAGCCCUACCAGAGCUUAUUUUGUUGGCAUUGGUUUCUUGGUAGUCUUAUGAUGAACGAUUAGGGGGCAACGAAUGAGCUCUCUCGUGUCGUGUCCACGGUGAUGGAACUCACUCCUAUCAGGGUGCGCGGACGCAGGAAAAAGCGAGCUGUCGCAAAGAAGAAGAGUCAUGAAGAGAAGGAAAAUGCAGAGUCUAAAGCUGUUGCGUUGCGCCGGCCCAAGGGUGGUCGGCCGAUGAUGUCUCUUGAAGAUAAGGCAGCCUCGCAGUCCAGAGCUGCCGCGCGAAAGCGUCUUCCGCAGACAACUCCCCCUGGCAGACGACGCAGGAAGUUGUCAAGGUUAGAAUGCCUUCCGGUAGAACUCAUCGAAAAGAUAUUUCUCUAUUCACUGGACGUCGAUCUGCCCCGGUCAUCGCCCACUCUGGCAGCUGCAUUGUCCAGGGAGCGGAUGUAUAAGGUCUUCAUUUUGUUGUCGUUCUGGAAUGACCUGCCUGUCGAAGAAGAUGCUUCUCAACCGAUGAUAGCACGCAUCCUGGCACCGGCUGAAUAUGAGCGCCUGGACGAAGAAGCACGGAAGGCCCUGCAAUCUGAUGUUUUACGCUGUCGAUGGUGCACUGUCCAGCGCAUCUUGGGAGAGCUCCCUCAGCUGAUGAACCUCACACUCCAGAAGUACUGGCUAGGGGCUGGUAUCUCAAUGGACAAGACUAACCAGGAAAACUUCGAUCGUUUCCUGGCCAGAAAAGAUGAUAUUCGAACAUUCGAGGGUACGGACUCCAGGGGGGAUCACUACACCUUGACCGUCGUACCAUUGCUCUCAAUCACUAUCACCUGUGCAGAGACACAGGAGGUCGAGACACAUCGCAUCCUCAGUGUCAAGAGAUUUCCCGACAGCCUGUUACGCGGCGACGACGGGUUUUCCGACGACGACAUAGCCUAUCUCGAAACCCUCCGUACCGGACACGGCUUCGACGCUCCAGGCACAGACGUCUCAUUCUCCCGAGACGCACUCCAACAAGGAAUUCACAAUGCUCUUAUAGAGCACAACUCUCGCGCUCUCACCGCCCUUCUGAAAAUAGACGAGUACUUCAUCCGUCAUCGCCUAGAAAGCGAAGGGACAAGCUCUACCCCCCCCUAUUCCAUCCCACCGGAACAUUUCCACACAGCCGUGACAAAUGCCGGCAAUGAUCCAACAUUCUUCCAACUUCUUCUCCGCACAAACGCAGAGUCUCUUCCCGCGGAUGAUGCAACCAUCACGCAGUGGGCAAUGGAUCUCAAUAACGGUUUGGGGAACUGGUUGCUUGAUUUCAUGGUACAGCUUCCGGAGCAUAUUGAAGCUGCGAGAGCUGACCCUCGUACGGCUAGUCUGUUCUAUAUGGGCAGGGCUAAUCAGGACAUUGAGCUUGGAAGGCGGUACCUUAAUGAGGUGCUGGGUAUUACGGAGUUGUCAAGUUGGAUGGAGGAGACUGAAUUCGACGUGUCGAGUUUAUGGGAGGUGGAGAGGUCAUCUGAUUCUGCAUCUUGAGGCCUGUCAAUCAAUGAAUCGAAUAAAGUAUGCUUCAGCAUUACUCUAACCAUGCGAUGGAACAUCCGACAAGAGUCUUUCUUGGCACUGGAACACCCCACCGAAAGAAAACCAUACACUGCCCAACUACUGCUCUACAGCACAGGACCAUUUUAUAUCAUAUGCAAUAUGUGCUGAAAAGGAGCAACGCUUUCUAUUUCUUGAAAAGUCUAUGGGAUGACGUCUUUGAAUAGAAUCAAAGCAUUAUAUCACCUGUGGCUAAGGCGCGAAAUUACAUACAGGUAAUAGAAUA